GUUUCACAUUCAGAAAACCCUAGCCUCCUCAUUUUCUCUUCCAACUCCCACUGAACUCCAGCCAGCCACUAAGUAGAGCCGUCAACAUAUCCAAACAAUGGGCCGCGUCCGUACCAAAACAGUGAAGAAAUCUUCCCGUCAGGUGAUCGAGCGGUACUACUCUCGCAUGACCCUCGAUUUCCACACCAACAAGAAGAUCAUCGAAGAAGUCGCCAUCAUCCCAUCCAAGAGGCUCCGCAACAAGAUCGCGGGCUUCUCCACCCAUUUGAUGAAACGGAUCCAGAAGGGUCCCGUUCGCGGCAUUUCCCUUAAGCUCCAAGAGGAAGAGCGUGAGCGUCGCAUGGAUUUCGUCCCCGAUGAGUCCGCUAUCAAAGUCGACCAAAUCGAAGUCGAUAAGGAAACGCUCGAUAUGCUUUCGGUUCUUGGGAUGGCUGAUAUCCCUGGGCUUGUUAAGGUUGACCCGGUUGCUGUUGUUCCUCAAAUCGGGUUCGGCCGCGGUGGUGGACCCGGGAGGAGGUUUUAAGUGGCGAGUGUUCAUCUAUUUUGAUGGGUUCUUGAUUUCAAGUAUGUAUUUUUUGUGGGAACAAUGUUAGUAAUGUUAUAAGGGUACUGGAAUUUAUUAAGUUCGAUAUGUACUUUUAUGUCUGAAGGUGUUUGGAAUGAGGAACUUUCAAUUUUUUGCAUGAUCAA